CAGUGAGGAGUGCAGAGAGUGAGAGAAAGACAACCAGGAUCUCACUGCCUUAGCUACGAGCAUCCAAAAGAGGCCAAUGUAGAUGCUGGCACAAAGAGGGAAAAGAGAACAGGAGAAGAAGGGGUGGGAAAAGCCAGUGAUUCGGGGGCUUCUGAAGCUUGCCUGGCGUGGAGUCUGAGCUGGAGGAUGGGCAGGACAUCAGUUUGACUAUGUGCAGCAACAGCAGCACCUUCACAUCAAGGAUGGACUGACCCUGGAGAGGGAAGAAUUUAGCACAUAAGGAGCAAACGUUUGAAGUCCCACUAGAUUAAUGUAGGUAUCAGGAGAAGACAACUGCCUGCCUCCCCUUAUGCAGGGGUUACCAAGAGUGUGGAAGCAUGGAGGAAAGUCGAAAUGAGAAGACAAAUGAAGCCCAUAUUCUCUUUGACCGAUUUGUCCAGGCCAGCACCUGCAAAGGAACACUGAAAGCUUUCCAAGAGCUUUGUGACUAUCUGGAGCUAAAGCCCAAGGACUAUCGUUCCUUCUACCACAAGCUCAAAUCCAAGCUUAAUUACUGGAAAGCCAAAGCCCUCUGGGCAAAACUGGAUAAACGGGGCAGCCACAAAGACUACAGAAAGGGGAAAGUGUGCAGUAACACCAAGUGUCUCAUCAUUGGAGCUGGGCCUUGUGGCCUUCGCACAGCCAUUGACUUGUCCUUACUGGGAGCCAAGGUGGUGGUCAUUGAGAAACGGGAUGCCUUCUCCCGCAACAACGUCCUACAUCUCUGGCCAUUUACCAUACACGACCUGAGGGGUCUGGGUGCCAAGAAGUUCUAUGGCAAGUUCUGCGCGGGGGCCAUUGACCACAUCAGCAUCCGGCAGCUCCAGUUAAUCCUUUUGAAGGUUGCUUUGAUUCUUGGCAUUGAAAUCCACGUCAAUGUGGAAUUCCAGGGGCUUGUAUACCCCCCUGAGGACCAAGAGAAUGAACGAAUAGGUUGGCGGGCACAGGUACACCCCAAAACACAUCCUGUAUCGGAGUAUGAAUUUGAAGUGAUCAUUGGAGGGGAUGGCAGGAGGAACACCUUAGAAGGGUUUCGUCGGAAAGAAUUUCGAGGCAAGUUGGCCAUUGCCAUCACAGCAAACUUCAUCAACCGCCAUACCACAGCAGAAGCCAAAGUAGAAGAGAUCAGCGGCGUAGCCUUCAUAUUCAAUCAGAAGUUCUUCCAGGAGCUUCGAGAAGCUACAGGUAUCGAUUUGGAGAACAUUGUCUACUACAAAGAUGACACACACUACUUUGUUAUGACAGCCAAAAAGCAGAGUUUACUAGAUAAAGGAGUGAUAUUGAAUGACUAUGCUGACACAGAACUCUUACUGUCUCGGGAGAAUGUAGACCAGGAGGCUCUGCUCAGCUAUGCCAGGGAAGCAGCUGACUUCUCUACCAAUCAGCAACUGCCUUCAUUGGACUUUGCCAUCAAUCACUAUGGGCAACCAGAUGUGGCCAUGUUUGACUUUACCUGCAUGUAUGCAUCAGAGAAUGCAGCCCUGGUUCGGGAACAGAAUGGUCAUCAGUUAUUGGUGGCCCUGGUUGGGGAUAGUCUGCUUGAGCCUUUUUGGCCGAUGGGAACUGGAAUAGCCCGUGGCUUUUUGGCUGCUAUGGACUCAGCCUGGAUGGUCCGAAGCUGGUCUCUAGGAAUUAGUCCCCUGGAGGUCCUAGCAGAAAGGGAAAGCAUUUAUAGGUUGCUGCCUCAGACCACUCCUGAGAAUGUGAGUAAAAACUUCAGCCGUUACAGCAUCGAUCCUGUCACCAGGUAUCCCAAUAUCAAUGUCAACUUCCUGCGGCCAAACCAGGUGCUUCAUUUAUAUGACACAGGAGAGCUGAAAGAUGUUCACCUGGAAAUGGAGAACCUAGUGAACUCUCAAGUAACGCCAAAGCUCACCCGAAAUGAGUCUGUAGCUCGUUCCAGCAAGCUGCUAGGCUGGUGCCAAAGGCAGACAGAUGGCUAUGCUGGAGUGAAUGUGACAGAUCUUACCAUGUCCUGGAAGAGUGGCCUGGCUCUUUGUGCAAUUAUCCAUAGAUACCGCCCUGAUCUCAUAGAUUUUGAUUCUUUAGAUGAGCAUAACACAGAGAAGAACAAUCAACUGGCGUUUGAUAUUGCUGAAAAGGAAUUAGGAAUUUCUCCCAUCAUGACAGGGAAGGAAAUGGCUUCAGUUGGGGAACCAGACAAGCUGUCAAUGGUGAUGUACCUGACCCAGUUCUAUGAGAUGUUCAAGGACUCCAUCCCCUCCAGUGUUACUUUGGAUGCUGAAGAGAAAGCGGUCCUAAUUGCUAGUACCAAAUCCCCCAUCUCCUUCCUUAGCAAACUUGGGCAGAGCAUCUCCCGGAAGCGCACUCCCAAGGAUAAGAAAGAGAAGGACUUGGAUGGUGUGGGGAAGAGAAGGAAGACCAGUCAGUCAGAAGAGGAGGAACCCCCUCGAGGUUACAGGGAAGAGAGGCCCACUCUGGUAAGCGCCCUAACCGAGAGGAGGAUUGAUGUUGCUAUUGGUAACCAGAAUAAAGUGAAGUCCAUGGCUACCCAACUACUGGCAAAAUUUGAGGAGAAUGCACCACUACAAUCCACUUCUGGCAUAAGGAGACAGCCCAUCCACGAACGUUGUAUCAGCCAGCCAUCCGGCAGACAGCCUGAGCAGGGCCGCCCUGCUCCGAUACCUCAGUGGAAACAGCGACGGCGAAAGGAAUGUUCUCGGACAUGCCCGAAAAAAGUGAUUACACUUUCUUCUCCUUCCAUUCCACCUUCUUCUCGAUUAUAUUGCAGUCAACAGACGUACAGGGAUCUUGAUGCUGACAACCGUGGCAAGCAGAGUCCUCAAUAUGAAAGGCAAGAAACUGAACCUUCUCGUCGAUUUUUUGUUGAGCAAUGGGAGCUUUCCCUUAGCCUCCGUUCCUCCAACCGCCCUGCCUCACCCUCCUCUGACUCUCUCCGACAGAAGUAUAUAAAGAUGUACACGGGCGGAGUGAGCUCAUUGGCUGAGCAGAUAGCCAAUCAGCUUCAAAGGAAAGAACAGCCCAAAACCCUUCUAGACAAGAAGGAACUGGGCUCAUUGAAGAAGGAGUUCCCCCAGAAUAUAGGAGGCAGCGAUAUUUGCUAUUUCUGCCGUAAGCGAGUCUAUGUGAUGGAGAGGCUGAGUGCUGAAGGGAAGUUCUUCCAUCGAAGCUGCUUUAAGUGUGAAUACUGUGCUACUACCCUACGCCUGUCUUGCUAUGCAUAUGACAUAGAGGAUGGUAAAUUCUACUGUAAACCUCACUACUGUUACCGACUUUCUGGAUAUGCACAGAGAAAGAGACCAGCAGUGGCUUCUCUGUCUGGGAAGGAGACUAAAGGGCCCCUGCAGGACGGCACCACAGCAGACAGAACCGGACGCUCCGACUCUACCGCCAGCGCAGUGGAGAGGACUCCAGGUUCAAGUGUGAAUGGCUUAGAGGAGCCCAGCCUUGCCAAGAGACUGAAGGGUACCCCAGAACGGAUUGAGCUGGAGAAUUAUAGACUGUCCAUGAAACAGGCAGAAGAACUUGAAGAGGUUCCUGAGGAAACCCUAGCAGAACACAAUCUGAGCAGCGUGUUGGACAAAGAGACCGAAGAGGACGUGGCAAGCAGCAGUUCAGAGUCUGAGAUGGAGGAGGAAGAUGAAGAGGAAGAAGAGGAGGAAUCCCAUCUUCCCCCUUCAGACCUGGGAGGUGUACCUUGGAAGGAAGCUGUGCGCAUCCAUGCUCUUCUAAAAGGGAAGAGUGAGGGGGAGCUGGAAGCCUCGAAAGACCAUGAACCUGGGAGCGAAGAAGAGGAGGAAGAAGAAGAGGACGAGGAGGAGGAGGACGAUGACGAAGAAGAAGAAUCUAGUGAAGAGGGAGAGUAUUGCCCCUGGAACAAAGAGCUCCAGCAAAGCCACUGGCUUCAGCAUAACUCAAGUGAAGAGGACCCGGGUACAUUGAAAGCUGGGAAUCUGAAGCUACAGCAGAUUGUAAAUCUAGUCGAUCCUCUGGAGAUCCAGGCAGAUGUACAUUGGACACACAUUCGUGAAAAAGAGGAGGAGGAUAAAAUGGUGUCUACCUCCAAGUCCUCCAGUUCCAGAGCCCCAUUUGAUGAAAAUGACCUGGAGGAAGAUGUGGAAACAGAGCCUGCAGAGAUGGAGGGAGAGGCAGCAGAGGACGGAGACACUGGAGACACUGGUGCUGAGCUGGAUGACGAUCAGCGCUGGUCUGAUGACAUCCCAUCUGAUGCUGAAGCUGAGUUGGGUUUACAGUGCCAGGAAGCAAUAAAAAGAGAGCUAAAGCUUGAAGUAUCAGAGAAGGAAGAGGAGCAGCCAACCUCCCUACCGCACCAGCAAGGAGAAGGUCCCUCUCCACACUCUAGCCCUAGCAAGUCUCCUCUAGAAAGUCCUGGUCUACUCUCCACAGUUAGCAGAGCAAAAGCAGAGGACGUCCAAAUCCCCUUCUCUUCAGUUUUCAAUAAAGAGAAAUCUCCAGAGGAGCGUUUUUUCCCAGAUAUAUUCCUCAUCAAAGAAAAGCCAGAAAUUGAAAUUCCCGCUGACCAGAAGGUUUUAAACACUUCUGCAACACUGUCUCCUAUCCGAUCCCAGCCAGCAGCACUGCCAGAAGCCAUCAUGACCACUUCCCCAGUUAUGUCUCCACCUGUGUCCCCUUCAGUGGCUUCUACUUCACCUUCCUCACCACUUCCCAUCUGCUCUCAGCCCCAGCCUUCCUCUGAAACAUCCAUUCCAUCCCCCACAGAGUCUCCUAUAUGUUUCCAACCUAGUCCAAUAAUAACAUCCACUCCUCUGGUCUCCCUCACCCGUAAGGACCAAGAUGAUGCAGUGGAAAAGCCGCGCAGUCCGGUUGCUGCAGAUGAAUCCAUAAAACGGAAUGACCUCGUGGAGGAAUUUUGGUUAAAGAGUGCUGAAAUACGCAGGAGCCUUGGGCUCACCCCAGUGGAUAGAAAAAAGGGUACUGAACCAAGUUUCACUUUGCCCAGCCUUGAUUCUGUGUCCCUAAAAUCAUAUCCAACCAAGAAGGUAUCUCAAGAUGAAGAAAUCCAUCUUUUAAAGCCUCAGCCUUCUCCUAGAAGGCCAGGCAUACCAAAGUUAGAUAGCGAUCAGCCAUCACUGCUGACUCCUAAAUCACCAUCUGAGAAAGAACUGAAAAGCUUGAUCCAUGAGGAGAGGAAAGACUUGUCCAGCAGCUCUGGCCUGGGUCUUCAUGGGAGUUCCUCCAAUAUGAGGACCUUGGCCAGUCAGAGCUUUAAUACCUCUGACUCAACCAUGCUCACACCACCCUCAAGCCCUCCUCCUCCCCCGCCACCAGAUGAGAAACCAGCAACUCUUCGAAGAAAGAAACAGGCUUCCUGGCAGAAUGAAACUGAAUCCAAGCCUUCACCUACUACUCCCCCUGUAGUCAUUGUUCGGCCCCACCAAGAACCAUCCCAGCCAUCCAGGGAAGAGGUGCGGAAGUCAUUUGUAGAAAGCGUUGAUGAGAUUCCAUUUGCUGACGAUGUGGAAGACACCUAUGAUGAGAAGACAGAAGACACGAGCUUCCAGGAAAAGUUCUUCACCCCACCCAGCUGCUGGCCCUCUUCAGAAAAACCUCUCUACCUACCCUUGGCCAAGGAAAAUGGAAAGUUGCCCACUUUGGAAGGUGAGUCCCAAAAAGAAAAGAGGGGGCUGCCUGUGGUGUCUCCAGAAGCCAAGGAACUGGCCAAAGAGCGGAUGAAGGCCAGAGAGAAAUCUGUGAAGAGCCAGGCAUUGCGAGAUGCCAUGGCCAAGCAGUUAAAAAAGAUGAAAGAGAUGGAGAUGACAGCCGCCGCUUCAGCUGGAACCUCUAGGAUCUUAAACAGGGCAGUUUCCUUGCCUUCCAAGACGAGAGAGCAACUGGUCUCAGAACCCCUAAAGCAGUCAGCUCUCAGAAGAUCUGAGGUGCCCACCCUAAAGCAUGAAGCAACCAGUGAGGAGUUCUUUUCCCCGCCGUCUGAUUCAGGAGGCCCUGAUGGUUCUGUCACAUCCUCUGACGGUUCUAGUGGAAAAAGCAAGAAAAGAUCUUCACUCUUCUCCCCCCGAAAAAACAAGAAAGAGAAGAAGUCCAAGAAUGAAGGGCGGCCGCUAGAAAAGCUCAGUGGGAACGUCCUGGAGGAAUCAGCUGCCAAGCCUAAGUCUUUAUGGAAAUCAGUAUUCUCAGGGUACAAGAAGGACAAGAAGAAGAAAGUAGACAAUAAAUCCUGCCCCAGCACUCCAUCCAGUGGUGCCACAGUGGACUCUGGGAAGCGUAAGAUGUCUCCUAUGGUCAGAACAGAGCUGCAACUCCGUCGACACCUGAGUUUCUCAGAGGACUCUGAUCUCUCCAGUGAUGAUGUCCUGGAGAGGUCCUCCCAAAAGUCCAAGCGAGAGUCGAUUUAUGUACCACACGUCUUGGCAUUCAAGAGGUCAUAUCCAUCAAAGCCAAGGACCUAUACUGAGGAGGAGCUAAACGCCAAACUGACCAGGCGAGUACAGAAGGCUGCUCGGAGACAAGCUAAGCAAGAAGAACUCAAGCGAUUACAUAGAGCCCAGAUUAUCCAACGACAGCUGGAGCAGGUGGAAGAGAAGCAGAGGCAGCUAGAGGAGAGAGGAGUCGCAGUAGAAAAGGCUCUCCGUGGUGAAGCAGACUAUUGGGGAGAGUCUUAUUACAGUGACAUCAUCGACUUGCAUCUGGGUGGCAUGGGGAAGAAGGAUGAUCCAAAGCUGAUGCAAGAGUGGUUCAAGCUGGUACAAGAGAAAAAUGCCUUGGUGCGCUAUGAGUCAGAGCUCAUGAUAUUCGCCCGGGAACUAGAACUAGAAGAUCGGCAGAGUCGGUUACAGCAAGAGCUCCGGGAACGGAUGGCUAUAGAAGAUCACUUAAAGACAGAUGAAGAAUUAUUAGAAGAGAAGAGGAUUCUGAAUGAGAUGUUAGAGGUGGUGGAGCAGAGGGACUCUCUGGUGGCCUUGCUCGAAGAGCAGAGGCUUCGAGAAAAAGAAGAAGACAAAGAUCUGGAGGCUGUCAUGCUCUCCAAAGGCUUCAACAUGAACUGGUCCUGAGUAUCUGCUCACUCUCACUGGUUGGUCUUUCGUAGCCAUUCGGCAUAGGCUGGGCUCUCCAGAAACCCCUAGCUUGAGAGAUCUGAGAAGGUCUGGCAUUUUCUGAGGGCAGACUUUCAAGUAUCCAUGUGCCUCUUCAACAGUGGAAUUGAGCCUCAUGUGUUUUGGGGAAGACCCUGAGCUAAGUUGAUCAGCUGAGGGAGUCCGGCCACCCUGGAGAACCUGGCUCAAGGGGCCCACCUGAGAUAGAUCCACAGGGAGAAGGAAGAGCACAGAGUGAUUGACACUUAUUAUGGAAAACCCUUUAUCCUCCCAAAUGGACUACAGUUGAUCCUUUUCCCAUUUCCUCUACUAACCUGUUCAAUUAGAGAAGGAAGUGAAGAGACUCCCUCUUUGUUGACAUCACUGCUACUAUGGAGUUAACUUCCUACUGGGGGGGGGGGUCUAAGUAGCCAAAGGGAACAGCAUUUUUACCUAUUCUUCCUAUAACCCCAUGAAAGAAACCUAAAAAACACACCCGACCCUGAGAACACCCAAGAGAGUAAAAGUACCAUUGUCAGGCUGGGGUCGAGCCAUCCAUCUUGGAGGUCAGGGAUGGUGGCUAAGAGUGCUGUCUAGGGAGGUCUCUGGAGUUAGCUCUACAAGUGAAGAGGGUACAUAAGGGAACAACCCUACACUACACGAUUUAGAGAAAGUUCAUUUAGAGUGUGUGGCCCAAGCAUCCCAUGGCCCAAGCACUUUCCUGUGGCAAGGACCCCAGGCCGGGGGAGUGCUACCUUUCACCUUUGUUUUGAAUUGCAACUAUUUUGACACUGGAAAAUACUGACUUUGAGGGACGGCGGGGUCAAGGUCCCAGGUUUCAGACCCCAACUGAGGGCUGCCUCAGGACAGAAAGUUAUUGACACUGUUCAGUACUUUAAGUUGGGAAAGGAGAAUAUGUUUUCCUUAAAUUUUUUUCCUGUGUUUGCACAAUGAAAAUGAAGCAAAGACCUGACAGGACCCUCGGUCACUUUGAACCCUUUUUUUUUUGUCAAUUAACUUAUUUUUUUUAAUACUUGAAAAGAAGCAAGUUCGCUUUUUAUAUCUUUACAAGAAACACAAAUCAUUCAGUGCUCGAAUGAGGGAGUGCCAGACAUCUGUCUUACAUCAUUCGUCAUCCAGUCGGCAACUGACUGAAGUCUUGGUUACAUGCGUCUAUUUAUUCGUGUCGUUCAUGAUAUUUCUAGCUUGUUAUUCUGGUAGGCUUCAGGGAAUAGAACACAACCCUUUUGUGACCUAGUCUUUUUCUUGUUUUAUCUGAAGGCUUGUUCUGUGCCCUCUUGUGUGUCCUAUCCUGGCUGAGACCUGAUCUUGGUGCCAAGCCUCCUCUGACUUGGAGAAUAGCGUGUCUCCAGGACCCAACUUUCCCUUUCCCCCUGUGCUUCAGAUUUGCAAAUGGGUAAUAGUCAUGUGUCAGAGAAUAUAUUUCCAUUAAUAUUCAAGGCAAAGCCAAGAUUAUGACACCAACAUUCUGUCCCCUACCCCGUCCCCUCCUCCCCGCCUUGGUUUCUCUCCUAUUGUGAGAUCCUGGCUCUGAAAAAGCUGCUCUUCUCACAUCUGACACCAAGGGUUUCUCCUACCAAAAAUACACUUAUAAAAGAAGGUAGUGGAGUUAACCUUUUUUAUUGACUAGGUCGAUUGACACUGAUGCAUCUUAAUCCGGUGGGCAGAAGCCUCACUAAGGAGAAUUCCUCAUACCAAACUCGUUAUAAAGAAAUGCACGGGAUACAGCAAGACUUUAUACUAGUAGAUUUGGGCAGAAUUUCCAGGCAAACAGAUGAAUUAUAUUUGCUCCCCUCUUCUCCAAAAUGAUAGAGGGAAGCAAGCCCUACAAUCCUGGAGCUGAUUAGCCUCUUGCAAGCAGCAGCUUGAACCAAGCUCACUGCAGUUUGUCGGAGUUCACCCAGAAGCUAGCUUCUCAAAGUUCCCAGUUUCACUAUAGCUUAGACCAACCCAGGCGUCUGAUUGCUGUCACUGGGAGUAUAUGGUGAACUAAGGGAAGAUGUCGUCUUUGCCAGACCAGGUGUACUCUGUCCAACUCUUGAUUAGGCUGAGUGAUGUCCAUAGAGAACUAAAGCCUUGGCACCUCUCAGAAGCAACCUGUGGAUAAGGCAAGAAUCAGAUCUGACCUUGAAAUUUAUGUGUGGGGGGGGUCAUUUUGUGCCUCAACCAUAACAUCCUCCUUGGAUCUCAGUUUCCUCAUCUGUAAAAUGAGGGGGAUUGACUAGAUGGCUUCUGAGAUCCCUUCCAGCUCUAAAGCUAUAAGCCUUUUAACAAUGAAAGAGUAGAUUUUAUCCCUUAAUCCUUUCUGUCUAAAAGCUGCCAUCUUUUCCUGUGGAAAUCCCCCACUGACAAGCUGCUAAGUAUCACCACAAGUUCUGACUUUUAUCCCUAUCUCCCGUAUUUCUAGUAGAGAAGUCUCCAUUUUUGCUCCCUUUUCUCAAAAAGAAAGAUGUUUAGUACUCCACCUUUGAGUCCCCCAGCUUUCCAUGAAAUGGAGACCCCCUCCCCCCACCUCAUCCCCCCUGUAGUGUAUUGCACACUACUCUAUAACUGACUAUGUGGCCUUCUCACUAAUCUCACCACCCCAUUGGUCAAGAGUUAAGGAUCAAUUCAGGAUUAAAUCCUAAAUUACUUAAAAGGAUAUCACAGUGGUGGUGAUGAUAAUGCUUCAAGUAGCCUAACGUAGCAGCUUUCUCAGAUGUUACUUUUAGAAUGUGAAUAUUCACACUACUGCAUCCUAUUAAAUCACAGUCUGUUUGUAGUCUCAGCCAGGGGAAAGUGGUGUGCUAAACAUACUAUGCAUAUAGAAGAGGCUUAAUAAAUAUUUAUGGAAUUGAAUUUGCAGAAAGAACAUAUAAAAAAAAAAUACUACAAGCCUGCAAAAUGUUCCCUAGUUCUUCCAGUCAACAGUAUUAUGACUUCAUUGUGGUCAAUGACGGGAAAUGUAUCAAUUACCUGCAAAAAGUCUAUGUUUUAUAUUUCCUACCUUUAUUCAGAGUCUUAAUUACUCCUUACGAAGGAGCCUGAGCUCCUUUGAGUCCAGCCUGAUAUUUUUCAGGCUAUAGAAGUUUUUUAAAUUCCCAUUUUUGUUAACCACUGUUUUGCAAAUUUUCUUAGUACACUGGCAACAUGAGUAGCAUGAAAAGUUUCCCAGCUCUGGAAACAUGUCAUAUUCUCCAGCUAAGCUUUCUUUCUGAGAUCUUAGUUCCUGAAAAACAGGAUCCCUGGUUCAACAGAAAUUCCAGAAUUGCUUUAUAGUGAACACAAGCACAAAAAGACAUAACAGCUUGGGGGUAACAGGAUCCCCAUUGUUUGAAGGGAAAGCUCUUUGCUUCUGAGUCUCCCAGAUCACUUAGCAAUAUGGCUAGGUACCUCUCUUGGUUUGUGAUCCUGCCCGUGCUCAAACCGGUGCCAUCUCUGUGUGACAGUGCCAUGAGUUUGGAAUCUAGCUUUGGUACCUUGCUCCCAGACUGAUUCUAACCAGCACCAAUGGAACAAUCAUCUACUCCCAUCAAACAGAAGUAUUUUUGCAGUAUGGUGAGAAGGGGGGAGAGUAGAAGAGGGAAGACAUUGGACCUGCCUGACCAAGAAAAAUGGUCCAUUUUAUGUGCACAAUAAAAGUUUUAGAAAGAAAUACAUGAUGUAUUUUUUAGGUAUUUUAGUGACUAUAGUUAACCACUCUGCAUUUCCUUCACUGUAGUACCUUAUUCAGGCAAGCAGACACAACUGUCUGAGAAAAGCCCCUACUACAUAUUUUACAUAUAUACAUAUAUUUGUGUAUGUAUGUGCAUACAUUGGAAAAUACAUGUUUUGUAAAGAGCAUAACUUUCAUUGGCAUUUGUUCCUUUAAUCCAUCUGUAAAACUCCCUUCUCAUCUCUUGAACUCCCACACGAGGCAGUAGCUGAUCAAGUUCAUCACGGCCAAAAAUGAACAGGCCUCUAGCGAGCUGGGACCACACAACACAGUUCACUCAUAAACAGAGAUUCUUCAUGAAGCUAAAUAAUUCAUUUUGUCCUAGAUCCCUUCCCAGAGCUGUUUCCCCCCUAACUAGAUCCCAGUCCGAGAAGUAUCCUCAGGGGAAAUGACCCAAGCUCCAGACAUGGUUCACCAUCUUUAGCACAAUUAAGCAAAUGAGCCGCUACCCCAUAGCUUCAAAACCCAUUCAGCUGAUAGGAACGGAUAGUUCCCUAGAACGGGCUAAGUCCCACCUUCCUUGGUCGGAAGUCAGUCCGAAUGGAAAUGAAAGGAAUUCCAAAAAUUUUCAUUCCUUUCCACCCAAGGCCUUCUCUGUACCUUUUUCCAAUAUUUCUCCUGGCAUAAAAUAAGAUGAUGUCACCUGCUAACUCUAUUCCCCCUGGUAAAUCAAGACUUCUCUCCAAAUUCAGUUUGCUUCUCGGAAACAUGGUUGGUUCCAUGACAAUCAGAAAAACUACACCCAAAAACCUGUUUUUCUUUUUUCAGUUGGAGAAUAAGAUGUAGCCAUGCAUGACAAAUGGAGGCAAGUCUAGAAAAAGUGAGUUAGAGGUCAUCACCAUGGAUGCGUCCUGGAAGCUAGAGCAGCUGGUUAACUAAGUGUUUGCCUCAAGGGAAAGAGAAUCCACCAGCUGUCCCAGAAAUGGUAAUGGAAGCACAGGAUGAGGAUGAUGUGGAGGUCUCAGAAAGGAAAGCAAAGAACAUAGCUGAUGAGUUUGGACUGGCAAAGACAAGUCCUGACAGGCACCACUGCUUAUCAGUGGGAUUUCAUUACCCAGCUUAGUUUUUUAUUUCAGAGAUGAAACCACCUCUUCUCUAUGCUUCAAAUAUGAAUGCUAAGACUCUGAGAGUCAAUAAACCUAGUGCUAUCAUAUAGGGAAUAGAGGCAUUCUCUGUAGAGACACUGCAGUAGCCAGGUAAGAAGGAAGGCUCGGGGUGAAUACUAGCUAAUGGCAAGCAUCCAUGGGCUGAGGAAGAGGAAAAGCCACCAUGGAGUAGUUCCAAACUUUUGAUCUUACCUACUACACUCCCAGGACUGCUGGUCAUUGUACCCAGUUAAAAUGCACUAGUCUGAAGUAAUAAUGCAUUAGGGCAGAAACAGGAGUAGCGAGAAUUAUCUUUUCAUCUUGAUCUGUUUUACUAGCCUUAAUAGUCAUUGUGUUGGGGGAAAGUGAUUCCUCUUAAGCCUUCCAAAUCCAUUCCAUCUUCUCUGUCAAGGUUGUCCAAAGCAUUAGCUAUAGAACCCUUUCAGUGCUAUCCAGUGAGGAUGGACGGGUAGAGUAGUCCGAAGUGUUAGAAUGAAAAUAGCGUCUCCUACUCAAACUGGUCCUCUUCUUAAGCACCAGCGGCAAGCACUAGAGAGCAAGUCUUGCUGGAGGCGCCAGAUAGUUAAACUGCCCUGAUAGCCAGUCCGUGUGUUUUCAUGAAACCCCGGUAGACUGCCCCAAGACUUUGUUAUGUGUGGAUUUCUUCCAUCCUCCAAAGUAAAUAUGGUCCUGGGGUGGCUCGCUUCUUGACACACUUGAUAAGAUAGCCCAGCCCCGUCAGCAUAAGGUUAGCCGCAGCUGGGGCUUUAAAGGGAAUGUUGAACUGUUCAUCCAAUCUCCACAGCAAUCUCAAGCACAGAGAUGUAGGUGCCAGCGGCUGCUGCCUCAGGUGGCCACGCUAGUAGGCAGAGCAGAGGACUGUUCUUCAGUCCUCACACCUUUCAGUCCAGGCAUGACUUUCUUAACUUAGGAGCUGUCAUUCCCAAAUUUCACAGGAUUCGGGAUCUUAGCAAGAGCAAGAUCUGACACCCUCCCCCACUUAGGCCUUCGCAAUAGCCAACUGUAGAGAACGUCCCAAUAUCCAAGAAUAAAAUUGGAUGCACCCGUGCAGCUUGCACAGGGAAUCUCUUAGCCCUCCGUGUUAGAAAAGUUGGAUCUUAUAUGACCUAGUUUUAGUAGCUGCUACACAAGUCUGCCAGACUUCUACUAGAUUUUCCCCAAAUAGUUAAGAUAUUGGCCCCAGGUCCCAGGCAAUAUUUCCUUUGUGGAUAAUGCUCACCUUCCUUUGUAGAGGGUAGCUCUCCAUAUGAUGUUACCAAAAGUGAAAGUGUAUGUGUGAGAGGUAGAGGGAGAACACAAGCCGCCACAGGUAACUAGAAGAAGUAGUGGUAGGUCAAGCACGUGGAGAAAUUAAUAUUCCUGAUUUUGGUUCCUGCCUGCUUCAGGCAAGUCAUCACCUCUUUAUGCCUCAGCCCCUCUGACUACAAUCAUACCUACCUCACGGGAAUGUUGUGAGGGGUAAUAAUUUAUAGAGUGGUUUGAUAUCCUAAGGUGGAUGGAGCCACAUACUCUCAGUGGACAUUCUUGUUUGAAUUAACAACCUCUUCCUGUGGAGACUGGUCUGAAGUGUACUCCUAAGAGAACCCAACAGGCUCCAAAGAGAAUAUAUUCCUGCUGCCAAGUAAUGCUGUCUUACCUAAGAUCAGUCAAGAUUAUAUGAAGAUUAUUUUUAAGUGCCCACAUCUGGCUCUUUAUUACUUCUCUUCCUACUUGCUAGAUGUUGGCUGCUAGAUAAGCAAUGAGCAAGGCAGCGUUAAGUGCCCUCUACUCUUUCGUCUUCCACUCUUCCUUAAAUACACCCUUAAAAUGUGCUGAAACCAGUCAGCAUUCCCAUAUUCCAACCUCGGAUGCUGUGAGCUCCAUUCCACAGGCAGCCCGAUACUGUGUUAAACAUAUGUUCUCUCCACCUCAGUGUUCUCACGGGGGAAUCAAGGGAAAUGUUAUUGAGGAGUGUAAUUAUUGCCCUCUAUGACAUCAUCAACAAUGAAUCCUACUGAGCAGAAUCUAAGAGGGCGAGGCCUCAGGACCAACAAGGAAUGUGGGACUUCUUAGUGACUGGCACUUUGGAUGGUCAAGAGAGAUGAGCAUGCGUUUGGUGGUGCCUUGUUGAGUAGGAGAACACCUAGACUCUACCUUCCUGUAACUUGGGGAAAUUCACUAGUAUUUUCAGCUAAUGUUAGUCAUGCCCUAGGAGUCUGUCCUCCACAAAGAUAAGGAAAAACUUUUAACUGCCUUGAUUUCCAUGUUCUAAGAGGCUUCUUGUCUGAAGAAGUAAUUAUUCACAUACACACACUUUUUUUAAAAAAAUUACCCCUCAUCAGCCUCACUUUGGAACACAGGAUAAGAUUUCUGGAGCAAAGAAUAAAGGGGUUAGACUACUUUAAGAAAUUCCACUUUGUGUUUCAUGCUAUUUAUUCAAAGCUAGGGAAUGGUCUAUAGAUACGGCAGUCCUAAGUUCUUUGUGGUUCUGAUCACAGUGUUGUGCAGUUAGUAGACCUUAGUGAAGUACUGGGUGCCUGAUCUAUUACACUUGUGAACUAUGGGAAUAUCCCUCACCUUUUCCCUUCAAUAUCAAGAGAGUAAUAUCAAGCAUUCUGCCAGCCUGUACUGCAUGAUGUGGGUCACUACUGGUUCCAAGUUUACAUAAAACUCUGAGGGAUCAGAAAGGGGGGAACACUACCCAGCUCUCAUCUGGCAUAGGUUAGAAGUCGGCCAAGCCCUCAACACAGGGAUGGACAAGAAGAGAUACAACUCCUCUGUCCAAAUUGAAAAUGGUUCCCUCCAUUCCUAGAUGGUAUGAGAAGCAGCACAGGACCGUACAGAAACUCUCCAACGGGAAUUCACAGAGAAUUAGCUAUUGGAAAAGAAAGCUUUUUAAGACUCUAGAUGGAAAAGAUGGAAAGAAUGCCAGAUUGGAAUGGCAUUGCAGGAAUUUUAAAUAAUACACACACAUACACACCAAAUACACUCUAAAUGAAGGGAUUUGCCUCUUGCACCUUCUUCAAGGGUAGGAGAAUUCUGAUAUUCAGACUGUUAAAAGAUAGCUUGUGUAUGGAGUAUAACAGUAAAGAGUAUCUUCUGUGUAGAAAUAAACAUUUUCUUCAGUUUGGUUUUGGUGUACAUGUUUAUGCCCUUCAAAUGGCCAGCAGCUAAAAUAAAGUCUUGUUAUUUUU